ACCGUCGAUCGCAAGCAUGCCGGCACACAAGCCACGCGCGUCUCCUGCGCCCGCCACGCGCACCUCGAGCGUCGGGCUACGGCGGCCCGUCGCCUCGCGCGCGCCCUCGCGCUGGCCGCGCACGCUCGCCGUGCUCGCCUCCUUCUUCGUGCUUGCCGCCAUCGGCAUUCGCUGGCUCGAGAGCAUCAAGGCGCAGCACUACGUCUUUGACCCCGUCAAGCUGCAUGCCCUCACGCAGUCCGUCGUGGCCAAGAACCACAGCAGCACUGAGGCCAUCUUUGACGAGAUCCUCGACGCGCUGCGCAACGACGACAAGAUUGCACGCACGCUCAACACGCGCGACUUCAGGGUGAAAGAGGAGUGGAUGUUCAACAAUGCCGGCGGCGCCAUGGGCAGCAUGUACAUCCUGCACGCCUCCAUCACGGAGUACCUCAUCUUCUUCGGCACGCCCAUCGGCACCGAGGGCCACACGGGGCGGCACACGGCCGACGACUACUUCCACAUCCUGACGGGCGAGCAGCGUGCCUUCUCCGCACACGGCAUCUACCCCGAGAUCUACCUGCCCGGCUCGCAGCACCACCUGCGCCGCGGCGAGGUCAAGCAGUACAUGAUGCCCGAGAGUGGCUGCUGGGCCCUGGAGCUGGCGCAGGGCUGGAUCCCACCCAUGCUGCCCUUUGGCCUCGCAGACGUCCUCUCCAGCACGCUCGACUUCCCCACAUUCAUCCAGACGGCCUGGAUCACGGGCCGCGAGAUGAUUGGCAACUUGGCCAUUGGCAAGUUCUGAUCCUUCUCGAGACCGACACACGCAAGAACCACGGUCUUUACUCUGCCUCUGCUCUCCUUUGCUCCCUCUUUGCCUCCUGCUUCCCACCACGCUCCAGCGGGUACACGCCACGUGCCACUCAAUACACUAGAUUGCCUGUUUGCCC